CGAGCAACAAUGGUGUGCUCGCUCGAAUGUCAGCUCUCGUUGGCACGGUUAGGCUCAGCGCGAUUUUAACGGCUCUAAAGUUGCAGACGGCGAGCGAGCCUCUGCCUCGAGAGUUGCAAAUCAAUUCUCAUGGAACACGAUCUUCUACCACGUUGGCCGAUUCUCCAACUAAGACCUUCUCAAACUCGAACAUAAACCGCGGCAACCACCAGAGCUGGUCGGAAACCAACAUCCUCUCUUCUCACCAUCAAUCAAACAGCGACUUACUCUGUCUUGCCAGACCUUGGAAGUUCACUUGUCCGGUAUUUGGAUAGACAAUAUAGUCAAACUCUAUGACCUGCCUAACCUCACAUUCUUGCGUGUCAUAGGUGUUUCUUUCCCAGAGAGAGUUGGACGAACACGCCCCCACCAUCCACCGUCUAUACUCUCGACCACUGAGUUCUGGAAUGCCCCUUUGCCUAUCAAGCCCUUCGCAUUCAACCUCCUAGAAUCGCACCUCAACUUGCGGUCACUGACUUGGGAGAUUUGAC